GCACAACUUGGUGACCUCCGCCCCCCUCGGUGUCGUCACCCAGGAGGAGGGAUGGCACUUUAAAUAUGGAAAAAGACACGCCGCGCUCUCAGAGACUCCACACGCUUCAACCGAGACACCAAAAGCAGCCUUUUACCUCCACCAUGUCCCCGAGACACGACCUGAGUGAGCCUGGCGCGAUAUGAGGAUCCUGCGUUUGGUUUUCCACUUGAUCUACAGAGAGGACGAUAUCAUUCCAGCGAGAUAGCUCCGGCUCCUUUAGUUUCUUUAUUACUUCUUUUGUUUUUGACUCUUUAAAAAAGUGCAACAGAUAGAUAGAUAGAGUAGGUGAAGAUCUGAGCAGAAGGACGCUGGAGUGAUCAGCUUUGAAGGCGAAAAAUUGGUCACCAUGAGUUCCGACAAGUCAAAGUAAGUGAUCUCUCCUCCUUCCUUGUUAACAGUUUGCAGCAAUGUGGACUUUUGCCUGCAGGAGGAAAUUUCCUGUUCAGGUGAGGAAAGUUUGAACCGGGUAUCAGGUGAAAUUCAUCCACAAACUUUGACAUUUAGACGCAUCCAGCACGUUCUCACGCUGGUUUCCCGUGCGUAAAGCUGUAUAUCGCGUCGUUUCUUCACCAUUACUCGUAUAUAUUUAUCAAAUUUUCAUAUUGAUCCGACUUUAAACACGUAAAGUAAGGCUUCCCUUUAUAAGUGUACCACCCUUUCUUGGAUAAGCCACUGCCACCGCACCGAUGUGGCUCUAAACAGCCAGGUAAUCUAUUUUCCAAGAAGCUGUCACAGGUUAUUAGCGAGACAAGCAGGCGAGGGAGCGCGGGCCAAGUGAAGGAGAGUUGUCUCUCUUCUAACUUUAUGAAUAAGCCGAGUGUGUAUGUAUGUGUGUGUGUUUGCGCUUCACAAAGCCAUGUGGAAAACUCCACACAGAGCGUGAGCCAGCGUGUGCGUCCACGUUGCGCAAUGACGCGACAGACUCCGCGGUCACUACGAAACGAGAAAAGACAGUUACUCAACUUUUCUGACAUGCACCUUGAAUUCGUCCACUUGUAGAUGGAUUAUUCGCUAUAUAUUUUCUCCUGAUUGCUUGUGCACAAUCCCCCCAAAAAAGACCUCUACCCCCUUCUCUGGAGCCACGAGUGAAACCAAGAGUCUUCUGUUUUGACUCAACCCAGGUGUCUGCCCUGCCUUCUUCAAACAAUGGCAGCAGAAACCAUGAAAUCCCAACUUGAUUCCUCAUUCUUUUGUCGUUUCUGUCACAUUGUGAAAUGAAGCAGCAAUGGAGAAACGUUCUCGACUUUCCUUUGUGCCAUUCAACUUUCCGGUGUGAAUCUUCCUCGUGGUUCUGACCUGAGUCUUGAAUGUGCCUUUGUGCUCUGCUGAGUGAUGAUCGCAGUAAUAAGCCGUAGAUUUCCUCAUCCAGCCAAGUGUUGUCAGAGGAAAUUCCAAAAGUUACAGGCAGAUAAGAGACAAGGAAGCAAGUCAGGUGUAGCUGUUGCAUAAAGGAUGCAUUAUCACCUGAAUACAGCUUUGUCUGCUGAAUUUAGAGACAUGUUUCUCAUCCAAAACUCUUUGAUUGAUUGAUUUAAAAUCACAAUAAUGCACCUUCUGUUUUAACCAGCUGUUAUGGGAGAAAGAAGAAGUUAAAUUCACUUUCGUAUCUCAUCAGUGUGGAGAUUUGCCUUUUUUAACAUUGCAAAACACUCUAGAUUUGGGCUGCAAUUAAUGGUUAACUUUUUGGUCCUUAAAAGUUCAGAAAUGGAGCAAAUAAUAAAAAAAGUUGCAGGAGCCCAGUGUUUUCUUCGAAGUCCCUUAUUUGUCCAGCUAAUGGAGCGAUACCUGUACACCCAGUAUUGACUGUAAGCAAACAAAAACAAAAGCCGAAAACUUUCAUUUCUAAGAAACUUAAAGCUCCUGUGAGGAGUUUUUAAAACAAUUUUUAUAAAUCACUGAAAUUCAUAUUGAUUCCCUUUCAUAACAUACAGAACUAAACAAGAUAAAUGGCGGCAAGUUUGACUUUUUCGUACAAUCUUUUUUUUUUAAUGCUUAGAUCUGAUGGGAGGGGGUAGGUGUGAGAAGAGCGGGUGAUAAAAUGUUAAAAAAUUUUACACUUUCUGGGGUAAACAUUCACAGUAAACAACAUAUUUGACCAUCAGAAGUUUGCAUGAUAAGAUGUUUUGUCAAAAAAACCCACUAAAGGAUGUAAAGGAUGAGGUAGACAAAAUAUACAGAAACCAAAAAUUCCCUACAGGAGCUUUAAUGUGAGGUACUUUUUCUUGAAACUUGUCUUGCAGUUGCAGCUCUGUUGUUGCUUGAAUAUUUUAACAUUUUUGAAAAUAAGUCAUGCAAAGUUGUCCAUCUUUAUUUCUAGUUACUCCGGCUAAGAAACAUUGCAUCCUUUUUUGUAUGUUAAGAAGCUUUAAAUGACAGAAAAGUUAAAUUUUGUGCCUUUUUAAAAUAACUCUCCUUUAAGUAUCGCUCACUUCUGGCAGGCUUGCAAGGUGGCUAUUUUAACAGUUCCCUGGAAGUGGAUUACACUGUGAGUGGUUUGAGAAGUUUGUAUGCAGAUAUAAACACUUAAAGUUUCUGCAUCAGUUUUCAUCUUAACCAGCUGAAAUGAUGCAGAUCAUCACCUUCAAAAGAUAAAUCAGAAAUAUUAAGAGGUCUUCUUUUAUUAAGACUGAAAGGUUUUUUUUGACGUUAUAAAGAUCAGUUUCAAGAAUCAUCUCAGUAUCCUCUAUGUAACGUUUCUGGUUGUCUACUAACAGUGGUGGGGGGUUCAUGCUACCCUUGUGCUGAACCUGGCUACUGGUGGGAUCUGGUGCGUCAUUCUGUUAAAGAGAUGGGGAUGAUCCCUGAUCCUGAGCAGCUGAUCCCGGCUCCUCACGCACCGACAGGUUUAUCUCGACCCAUGAGGUCACUAAGAAGACGAGCGGCGAAGUGAGAAGUUGCGAGAUGGUUGGUCUCUGACCCCCACCCAACUUUUCAUUUUUUCUUCUUCUCUCUUUAUUAAUCAGGCUUGGGCAGUUUUAGCAGGAAAUGAAAAGGAGAUAAAGAAGAUUUCCUGCACUUACAAUGACGCAAAUGAGCAGACACUGAACUUCGUGGUCAUGCUUACUGAUGCACAAGAUAUGCAUGAAGGUCUGCUCUCUGCUACCUGAUGUUAGCUUGACUCAACUAUGCUUUACACUCCUUACACUUUCCAUUUUUUGCAGUUUUAAUAUUUCUCUUACCUGUCGGGUUCAUUUUGAUUUAAAGCCUCUUUCAGAUCAGGAAUGCCGAGCUCUUCCUUUUGCAUCCUGCAUGUCUGCGCACCACCUGUGGUAUGUUUUUCAUCGUAAGGGGGUCUCCCUGUCUGAGGCCUCAUUGUGGAGUGAUUAAUAUGGCUCCAUUCAACGGCCAAAGGCGGCAGAAAACCUGCAACAUGAGCUCCCUUUAGCUCUCCUGUUUAGCUAAUGGUGUUACAUGACCUUCCCCCCCAUGCACACACAGACACUAAAACCAUUUCCAACACUUGUAGAAGUAAAUGUUACAAGACUGAGGUGUGAUCCUGGACAGAUACCGAUGCAGUCGUCAAACUUACUGAACUUUUAGCUAGCUGUAAACAUUAUAAAUAUGUCAAAUACCAUUUUUAUUGGCUAAUAUUUAGCUAAUUUUUAGCCAUCAUCACCCUAACCCACUUCGCAUUUUUUGGUCUAAAAGAGGUCUAAUAGACAUUUAACUGUAGCUCAGACAACUGGUCUAAAAUCAGGCUACCACAGUCUACCAGUCUAAAUCUGGGCUAUAUCUAUACUACACUGGAUAUUGCUCAACAGCUAUCAUAAUUGUUUUGGUUAAGUACUCACAGUUGCUUUUUGGAAUAAAUAGUUGUCGAUUAAUGGGUUAAAGUGAAAUAUCUAAAUUCCAAAUCCAGAAUCUAGGCGGUUGAAAUUAGGUCUAAAAAUAAAACUAGACGUCUAAUAGCUGUCUGUAGACGGGUUUCUGUGCAACGUCAUCGCAGGUAUGCACGCAGCCAGGGGGCAGAAGGCGGGACAUUUCUUAUUUGUUUACUAGUGGAGUCAACGGAGAAAGAAAAUGACGAGCUGUUGUGCUGUAAACUGCAUGAAUCUGCAAACAAACAAUUGGCAAACUUUACGUCCCUACUCCUGAUAUUAGAAACAUCUAAAAUAACAUCACAACCUGGUAAAUUGAGUGAAAUUCAUGGACAUUUCAGGAAGUGUUUUUCUGAUUUUUAUGCAAUGAAAGACAAAGUGAUUUUUCAAUGAAAUGACAUUUUAUUGCAGUUGUGUCAGAGAGAACUUUCAAACUAUACGACAUCUUCAUUGAUAUCAGUUCACUCCGAAGUAGGCUUUUGCCCCCUAGUUGUGCACACACCUAGUAUUGUUUGUACUCAAGAAACCCGUCUAUUGCUCAGUGGGAAGUCACAAAUCUUUGGCAAGGAAUACAGUAAAAUUCUGUUAAAUUCCAGCACUCUGCUAAUUUUACCUUUUUGUAAGUGAGCAGUCAGUGCAGCACGACCAGGAAUGGCUAGGGCUAACUGACCCAUUAGCUACCAUAAAAAAUGCUACCUUUAGCAGUUAGCUUAGUUUUAGUGUAAUGCUAAAGUUAGCUAAUAAUGACCCAAUAGAGUCCGGUCACUUGUCAUAAAAAAACUGAACUAUUGCUGAAUAUUAAUAUUGCCUUAAAAGAUAAAUCAAACAUGUUGUAUGACUGUAUACCUUUAAGAACAUCAACUUUCCAAGAUGAGUGUGACGUCAGGGAAAGAAGUCCUUGUUUAAAUAAAGUAAACAUUAGUGCAAUAAUGGAGAAAACAGACUCCACCCUUUUGUUUUUGUGUUCAUAAUGACACUUAAAGCUGUUACACAGUAACUGGUCAAGUGCCAGGUCUAUAGAGAAGGCAGGAGUGUUUUCUGAAGGUAGAAGUCAAACUGAACAUGAGAAGAAUUCUGGAACUACAUGAAAACUUGAACUUGACCCCACUUUUCAUGUUAGCAACAAAAAGAGAGACCACAGAGGCUAAUUACUGAAUUAGUAUUGCUUGAAAACUUGGCUCCAAGCCCGAACACUCCCAAUCACUUGUUUGAUCUGGGAGCUAGCUUGUAGCUCCACAUUACCGUCUCCUAUCAGUGUUGUGCUUUUAUUUCUCUCUCUCAAGGACAGAUAUCAAAUCCUCUGGGAUUCACUUUAGAUCAGUGGAACAAGUUGUAUCCUUCCUGACUUUGUUUAUUUUUCAGUUUGUGUACACGGCUCCCAUCCCUUCAUUUUGCAAACUGUGUCAUCUUCAGUUUUUGGGAAAUGAAGAUUUUUGAGGUUUUUGUCACUUCCCUGAAACUGUGUUUAUGUGUCGCGUCUUUUAAAAGGUACUGUUCCCAUAAAUUAGCAGAAGAGUCCUUGAUUUGAUACCGACAUGCUUUAUGUAACCCUGGAAAAAACCUUGAGGCUGAAGCUAUCUUAAAACUCUGUGGUUGAAAUCAAACUUAGAGGAAAAGUAGAGGACUGUUGGCUUGAAUUUUUGCACUCUGCGGGUUUCCUUUUUGCAGCUGUUUUGGCUGCAACAUACUCUGAAACUGAUCGCAUAUGUUUGGGCUGAAGCCCCUCUUUUCCUGGCCCAGAUUAGCCCACACUUUUCUGCCCUGAAGGAGUCGCAUUCCUUCCAACCUUCCAGGAACUUUAAGGCCUGAUGAUCAAAGGAAAGUCCAGGUCAUUCAGGCCGUGAAGAUGUUUUCUGACCCUGAAGUAAACAGAAGGCCCCCUUUUUUUUUUACACCAUUAGCUCUAGCAUGGCUCAUUUAAAGAUCUUACUGUGGGGAAAAAUAUUGUGAAAUAUCUCUGCUUAAAGAAAACAUCUGUUUCGUAAGACUUUUAAAUGUGUGUCUGUGACAUCUAGUUGGAUAGAAAGCUAAAAUUCUGAUCAUGUGUUGGUGAAUAUUGGAGCAGCUGAUCUUUAAAACUUAGACUGAUUUUGAAGCACUGCUUUUCAGAUCUGAGGAACAAGUUGCUUUUUGUUCCUGGUGAUAUGGAAGUCUGAAAGGGACUGAAUUUACAGAUUAGUAAAUGUACAGAAUCAAUAUCAACAUUAAUAAUUUUUUCAUACAUUAUAUAAAAAAACAUGAAACAUUUCAGACAUUUAUAUUUUCAAUUAUUCAUAUUUAAAUUAAAAAAAAUAAGUGCUUUUCCUUUGUCAACCAACUUUGAUAACAGCCAAUGAGUUCAUGUCAUUCAAAAUUAACAGAAGUUAACAGUAACAUGGACAUUAAAACCUUUUUCAAGUCCAGUGGGAAGGGUUCCCAUGAUCCAAGUCCAGUGAAAGAUUAAACCAGAAUCUAUAACAUCCUCAAAGAUUCAGACAUUUCUUCAAAUCCUCUAAGAAUAAGUGAUCAUUCUUUGAGUGUUUGUGAUCCAUUUUACCAUGUAAGAGCAGAGUAUUGAUCCUUUUUUUUUUUUCUCAGUACUCCCAGUGAUGGGAAUUUAGGCUGAUUAUAGUGAUUCAGAUCAUUUGGCUCAGUAAAAUCUAAAACUUUCAGCUCCUUGUUAUAGUACAAUAUUGGCCACUAUGCACAGCAGCAUAGGUACUGACUGCUGCCACAGUGCUCUGAUCCCACAGUGAAGUCAGAAAAAUGUUGCAGUUAAGGAAAUGGCAUUUACAUAGAGUGAAAUGUUUGUUCAAAAUAACAUCUAUGACAACAAUGAAUCAAAAACAACCAUAGUUAAUGGAUUAACAAACAUGUUUCCACAUUUUUAUGGCUUUAAUUUGUGAUUAAAUUUGAUGGAUGUUAGUAUAGAGUGACCAUAUUCUGACUUCCCAAAAAGAGGACAUGACCACGCAGGGACAGAGUCACAGAGUCGCACAAAGUUAAUUUUUAGAUAUUUCUGGGUCGGAUCGAGUGUCUUUUACAUGCUUCUAACUCAGUAAGUUUACGUGACACAAACUCAAAACUCUUGUACAAAACCGCAGACAUUUAAAGAUUUUCUAAACUUCCCAGGACAAAGCCCGAACAGCCCCCCAAAAAGGGGACAUGUCCGGGUAAAAGAUGACGUAUGGUCACCCUAUGUUAGUAGGAAUGAUGGUGAAUAAACACUUUAGUUGGCGUGCCGGUUUGCCUCUGUUGGUAAAACAGGCGCCUCAUGUACAGAAGCUUCAGUCCUUGUCUAACUGUCUGGAUUAAUCCAGGUCCAGACAUGAUUUUCUCUCGGGUUGUCCUGUUGAAUACAUACAAAAGCCAAAAAUUCAUCUACAAUAUGAAGUGGAGCAGUAUGUUUUUUUUUUUUUUUGCACCCCUUUUGUUGCUAUCACAAAUCCAUACAAGUGAUGCAUGUUAAAAUCUCUGUGUUCUUCCCUUGCAGAGUGGAGGACGAGGCAGUCCUGGACAGGGGGGCGUCCUUUGUCAAACAUGUCUGCGAUGAGGAGGAGGUGGAAGGUAAGAUGGGUGAUAUAAUCCUGCACACUUACCUCUUUUAUCUGUGGUGGUGAAACCUGGAGUUUCCCCUCUGGUAUCAGUGGAAAACUGAAUGUGUUAUGUAAGAUAAACACAGGAAGAUGUUUCUUCAGUCGCUCUAAGCUUAUCCAGCACUGAACCACAGAGGAGAGGACACCCACACGAACUUUCUGACACAUGCAUGUUACUCAAACUAACAUUUAAGGGUGCAUACAAAGGACAACCACAACACAUACUUUUGCGUCAUAUUCGGAUAUUUUUUGUGCGUUUUGAAAUAGUUGGAAAAUCUUAAGUUUUGUUUGCAUGGGAAUUUGGAGGGAGUGUGUCAUUUGGUGUGAGCCUCAGGUAUUUUUCGGUUUCCAUGAAGACGCAUGACAGACCACGGUGAAGUUUGAAAAAGAUCCACCAGACAUUUUUGCUGAAUGCAGCUAAAUAUACACAACGCAAACUUAUUUAACCUUCAGUUUGAGCCGGAGUUUUCCCCCCUCUCCCUGUCUUUCUAAUUACUUCCUUGAAGCCAUCAUUUCCUGAAUGAGUGGCCCAGUAGAGGAAGUAUUUGGCUUUUAUUUACUUUCCUUUCCACUUGCAGUCUCUUCCUGGUUGUGAAAUGAUCUGCUAAUGUCAGUGAGGCGUCAACAGCCAUAAAAAUUGAUGCUUCAGUGCUGCAUUUCAUCACACAAGUCAAAUCAGCCUCCAUUGUUUCAUUUCUUAUUUUCCUCCAGUGGUGAGGUGGAUUAGCAGCAUCCAGGAUUACUGUGAUUUCCUUUUGUGUGAGUGUAAUCUGACCUUUUCCUCCUCAUCGUGUCACGGCAGGUCACCACACCGUGUACAUCGGCGUGCACGUCCCCAAGAGCUACCACCGGAGGAGACGCCACAGACGCAAGUCCAGCCACAAGGAGAGGCGGGAAAGGCCGGACCACAGCACCGAGGGGUACAAGUCAGACGGGGACGAAUGCAACGCCAACAUCCUCAAACCUCUCAGUGAGUUCUCAUGAAAAAAAGCGUCAAAGUGUGGAAAAUAUAAACCAUCGAGGCAUGGUAGCAAAGUUAGUGCAGAGAUGAGCGGGAAUGGGAGCAUGCUAAUCUGAAAAUUACACCGGAUUGGCUUCAAGUGUGUAAAGUUAACACAAUAUGGGUAUUAUCUCACACCUGGGAGAUUAAAACGGUGCUUUGUUAUUGGAUUUGUGAGAGGGGAUUGAAAAUACACAGAGAUGGGAAGCAGCAAAAAGGCAGAAUUACAUGUAUUUUCAAGCUACUUGUUGAUAUUGCUGCAACAAGGGAAUCUGAUAGAGCCUGUAUAGUUAUAGAGAAAGCAAUGAAGCGACAACAAAACAUAAAACCUAAAAGAUAAUACCACAAAUAACUGUAAACCGGAGCAAGAUGGGGGCAAAAACUUGGGAUGAAAGUCUCCCUUUCUUCAAAGGAUCAUCUGAUGGUCCCAUUGCAGCCUUAAGAUGAUGUUGUUUGAUUAUUUUUCUGGCCCUUGAGUCAUGAUGUGGAAUUAACUGUGGCUGCAUAAAGAAGAAAUUGAGCUUUUUUCCCCCUUUUUUUAGAACAAAUUUCAUUUUAUAAAGCUCAAAGUUUUCAACUAAAAAAAGAUAUUUUCCAAGUUUUGAUCAAAGUUCUCCACAAGGACAGUAAUCUCUAUUUACAGAUCUAACAUAAAAAUGUAGGAUCCUUACACAGAGGUCAAGAUUUCGAGUACAGGAAGUUUUCCGCAUUCUCUGAACUAUCGACUGAUCACAUUUCAGCAGGUUUCAGUGUUUACAGGACAAACAGUGUGUGAAGAGCAAAAGCAGGCAGAAAACACAACUGCAACAACAUCAUUAGUCUACAUGUCUACUGCUGAACUGAGACCCACUUGAUCUAGAAACAGACAGACGGACGCUGUACUGAGGGAUGUAAUGGACUAAGACGUGACUGUUUACACUGUCGACAUGCACGUACUACAGGAAAGAAGUCAUGGCCUUUUCAUAGUUACUGGAUACAGAAGAACGACUAAAAAGUUGGCAAAAGUUAAACCCUAAAACUUACAUUUUACUGAGUGACUAGAAUCAACAACUUCAAAAUUUCUCAAUCCUGUUUUUUUCUGGUUCAGACUUGUGGACUUUUUAAAACAUGGAUGUGGUCUCAGUGAUGUUACUCAAUGGUUUCUAGUCAACUUGGUUGUCCUUUCAAUAAUGCAAAACCUGUGACGAGGGCUGUCAGAGUAUCAAAUUAUCACCUUGUGAUUGAUGUUGCUCUCUCAGACAUGAUUUGUGCUGUACUAGCAGCCACACAGUACAUCAUGAAUCAUGCUUUUAUUUUGAAAAUACAAAAGGCUUCUUGGGGAGGUUAUGGAGCUGAAUGAAAACAGUUAUAAGGUACGAUGAUAAAUGUGUUAUCACUUGGGAGCUGCAUGUUGUUUAAGAUACUUUUUCAGUUUAAGCUACAGCUAGCUAGCUGGAUAUUCUGCCUUUAUCACUGACACUGCGUUUUUUUCUGUUUUAUUCCCAUUUUAAAAAGAAUAGUGAACCACAACUAGCCUGUACUUUGACAGAACUACUUAAACAGUAUUGCCAUAUGCUUGUUUUUUUUAGCACAAUAUGAGUGUUUCGUUUUUUAAAGAGACACUGAUCUUUUAUGCGAGUAUAUAGUACUUAGAACUUACCAGGAAUCUGAAUACCUUUUAAAAAUAGCAAGCUAUUAUGCUGCGUUCGAGUUACCUUGAAAGUCAGAUGUCCGAGCUGAAAAUGACGUCACACCCGAGUUCCCAACGUUUCAGUUACUAAGUCAGAAAAAAGCAAAAUCGAAGGCCUGAAACAAGACGAUUCAUCUAGGAAAGUUAAUAUAGCACUUGCCUUAUAUUUGGACAAGGCAAGCGCUUAAAUAAGUUUCGUAGAUGUAGCCAUCUUGUUUCCGCCUCCGAUUUUGCUUUUUUCUGACUUAGUAACUGAAACGCUGGUAACUUGGGUGUGAUAUCAUUUUCAGCUCGGACUCCUGACUUCCGAGGUAACAUUUUUUAUUGUUGCUGUAAAAAUUGGCUUUUUGAAUGGGUCUGUAUGCAGUUGCCAUAGCUUUUGCAGCCAGCCUCUAGUGGACAUUUCAGGAACUGCUGUUUUCCUGAAAGCAGAGGUUGCCAUUUGUUUAGAACUGUUUUUUCUUUUUUUUUCUUUUUUUUUAAAUCACCAUUUAAAUGCAGCAUCGGGAUACUAAGUGCAUAUUAAUAUUGGUGUCUGUCUCCUAAGUCGUCUCCAAGAAGCUACACCAGAUGUCUUAUCCUUAAAUGGUAGAUAGGAUUGCUGCACAGUCGAAUCAUUAAUCCCAAGAUCAUUUUCUAGAGCAGAAGGAGUAAUCAUUAUCUUCAGAUAUCAGUCAGCAUUGACCUUAAUGUCUCCUGCAUCUGCAACACGAGACUCCUCUAUAGUAUUGUGGCAACACCGGAGGGAAGCACUAAAACAAGGAGCGUUUGAGGUCAGCUUUACUGUAAAGUAAAUGCAGCAUUUCACGAGACAGAAAUCUCUGUUAUGCCUCUGAGCUUUAGAGAACAGUGAUUUUUGUUAAAGUACCAAACAUACACAACAAUCAAGAAAGAAGCUGUUUGCAAGACGUGUAAUUAUCACAGAGUAGGAAUCACCUUAAAAUUGCACAUCCUGGAAGCCGGCACAAUGGAAGGUACCAUUAAGGUCUGAAAAUGGUGGGAAAAGGAGGAAAAGGAAGGAGUUUCCCCCCCAACAUCAACAUAAAGUGAUGAUCAUCAGGCUUUAGGAGACAUUCCUUCGCUGGUGAUUAUAGAGCAUUUUGAAACCGACAACAAAGUCCAGCUCGAGCGCCUCACACCAGGUCUAAGUUAAGCCUGUAGUGAUGCAUAGUAAAAGAAAAAAAAGGGAAAUAACAGCUGAGCAGCGGCUUAUUACUCCUACAAGAGCUCAAAGAGAGUUAGUGCAGAGUUUGCAUAGAGCAAUUUCAGUGGAAACGCAGCCAUAAAAUGCUGAGAUGAUAGUGGAUGAGGCAACACCCUCAGAUAAGGUAACAGGAGGCACAUACUACCAAUGAAUGAGUAAGAAAUGAUUCAACACGUGACGACUGAACAUAACUAGAAGACAACUGUUCCCCUCGCUUUGGCUCAGAAAGUAAACCCGCUAAUAGGUCGAUACCCUUAACUGUGUUACUUCCUUGUUUGGCUGCUGAAACUCUAACCUCAGAGUGAAUUGAGAGGAUUUCAAUGGAAUUUAGGGUCAUGAUAGUGUGUGAAAAUGAUCAAGCUGGGAAUGUAUCAGGAGUGCAUAACUUGAAUUACUGUCUUUUUACGAGCAUCAAUCAAAGUGUACUGUGAGGAACUUUCUUUGUGUUGAUUUUAGCACCUCCUGUGGACAAAGCAGUACCUCUGCAUUCUUUACAGAUCUUGUCCUGCUUUUCCUGCUAGCUCUGACAUUUCUCCUAUUUUUAAUCUGUGUUUAAACAGCAUAAUCUAAUAAUGCACAUUUUAGCAUGCACCUACCAAUAGGAACAGCUGUAUUACAUGUAGAGUGACAAAUGAAACCAUACACACAUACAUACAUACAUACAUACAUACAUGGAGGGCUGCACAGGAAGAAUACAGAUAUAAAGCAGCCAGAUCAGAUCUGUUUUCUACACCCCUAAAGUUUGAUUCAAGUUUAUUGCCAUUAUUGCAAUAGAGCUUUAACAUAAAUGUAUGAUUACACCAAAGAGUUAGUCUGCAGGACAUGAGAAAAGUGCAGAGUUUGAUUUAACUUUCCUUCAUUUAAGACAUCUUUUAUGGAGCAUUUCUUGUAGGCUUUAAAACUGUUGGAUUGGACUAUAAAAUAGUCCCAUUCAACACAAAGGAAGUAUGAGCUUAAGGAUUAAAGCUCCUAUGAGGUGUUUUCAUGUUUUUAAAAUAGACGGGAAUUCAUACUGAAGCCUUUCAUUAUGUCUAAAAGCAAACAAAACCACAACAAAACAAGAUUUGCUGUAUUUAUAUUUAUAUAAAUGCCGUAUAUAGCUAGAUUGCUAAAAUUGACACAAACAGAAAGGACCUUUAACUUUUUAAAUAUUGCCUAAAUUAAAAAAGUGCUAUAAAUAAAUACAUUUAAAAGAGUAAAUGAUAACAACUUUAUUAGCAUACUUUUUCAAAACAGAGGUUUACAAAGUGCUUGACAGCAGUAAGAAGGACAUUUUCAUAAGGAACCUAUACAUACAUAUGGAUAGAAAUGACCCCGGGUCCCUGUGUUUGCAGCAUGUCCCACCUGAAUCCAAAAUCAAUCUAAAAGCGGUUUAUUUUGCGACUCAAUGGCACUAACUAGCUUGGUCUGCAGCUAAACCAUGAACAGGUAUAAUGUGCACAUUCCGAGUGAGACGGCGUCAAAUAAUUGUCAGACAAAACUGUGUUAAUCGGGCAGCCAUGGUGUAAACGUAAUAACAGUAACAAAGCCCUAAGGGGACAUACAGAGCAACAUCUUGACCCCUUCUAUCCUCACCUGCUCUGUUUACACACCUACGAUCACACCUUUUCUUCAUCAUGCUGGCAUCACAUCAAGCUGUCAGUCCGCAGAUGAGCAGGUUUGUAACCCCCCCCCCCCCCCCCCUCACACUCCCGGCUCUGCUAAUACUAUAAUCCUCCUUUUGUAUGGCCUCAUGCCAGUACGUGCACUUAGUCAUUUAAAGGUUUCAUUGUUAUGGUGGUAGUUUUGCUCACAUUGAUAUGUCGGAUAUCUGGUUAUUCCAUGAGUCAUGUCAAAUUUAGUUACGGGAAACUCUCGUGCAAGAGGAACAGGAUUUGUUUGUGGCACUUUAAAGAGUUUUUCUAGUUUUUUUCUGAUAAGGUCAAAGAGGAAAAGAAAUAAGUGUAAGAGGAAAUUUGAUUUGGCAUUUGCUGAUCUGAUAACUGUCUCACAACAAUUUAGCACCAAGUUGGCCAUGCUGCGUUUUAAAACGCCCAAGAAUUUCCUCAUAAACGUCAGCAGAUGCCUGAAUGAUGGACACCCUGUUCAUUAAAUAUCUACGAGGCGUUCAGUGACGCCCCUUAAUUCCCCCUUGCAGCACUUAAGUGUGUGUACGGUUCAAACAUGGCGGCGUCUGCGUAAAUGCUAACACCGCCGCUGCUUGUUCAUCCAUAGAAUCAGACUUUAUAUCAGCACUGGAGGACGAGGAGUGGAACCAAACUAAACACAAGAGCAGGUUUUCAAACCGGACUGUAAUUCACUUUAAAUGCUCCGUCCUUCACAGAUGCACGCACACACACAAACAGACUGGUUCUUCUUUCUCAUGCAGCUGUAUCUGUGCAGAGGAUCUGAACUAUAAACAGGCUGGUAUGGUUGAGGGAGAGGGCAGAGACGAGCGUACCAUGAGGCUGCAGGAACUGCUGGGAUAAACAUUUCUCUCCAGUGGGGAAGUAAACCACUUCAGUGCCCCCUGUAGAGAGAUUUUAUUGUAAAAUCUCUGACCCUGUUUAUGAAGUAAUGAGGCCUGUUGAUGCUCGCUGAUUCACAUCCCCUCUCUACUGUCCCUGUUCGCAAAGCUGUUUCCACUUAUUAGCUCAAUGGGAGUAUUUGGCAUGAUUUAUGAGAUCUUGAAUUGUAAAAAGGCUCAUAACUCAAAGUACAGCUUGACUGAUACAUUGGCCGGCCGAUACCCCAAACUAGCAAAUAUUUUUAGGUGAUAUUACUGAUGUCUGUGACCCAAAUAUUGUCUCCUCUAAAUUUAUUUGAUAAAUUUGGACUCAAGUUCAAGUAUAUUGUUGCUCAUUCAAAAAGACGAGUAAAAUAUCCAGUUUUGUCAAAUUCAGAAAACAACAACAUGAUAUGAGCUAUCAACAUUGGCCAUUUAUCAUAAUCUGUAUCAGUAUUGGGAAUUGAAAAGUGAUAUCUUGAUAUAAUGCGCAUGGAAUAAUGGCUGCCAUUGUAUUCUAUUAAUGCAAAAAGGAAAAAAAAUGAUAUCAGCUAUCAACAUCGGCCAUUUCUCAUUUUUGGUAUCCUUAUAAGCGAUUGAAUAGAAUAGAAUAGAAUAGAAUAUUCCUUUAUUGAUCCCCCAUGGGGGAAAUUUUUUUGUCACAGCAGCAUCACAGACAAGACAAAAAGUGCAAAAAUGCAGUUAUAACAAUAAGGGUCCUAAUAUUAAGAACUUAAAUAAAUGUAAUAAUUAAGAAAAAAAUUAGAAAAGGGAGAAGAAAAAAAUAAAGCUUUCUACAAUAUACACAAUUUAAAUGCCAUAAAAAAAAGUGGUGGUGUAGAUCCAGUUUUGUUACUGUUCAUUGUAAAGUCUUAUUGCAGAGGGGAGGAAUGACCUGCGGUAGCGCUCCGUCCUACACUUGAAAAGUGAUAUCUGGAUGUAAUGUGCAGGGAAUGAUGGCUGCCACUAUAAAAUUGUAUUUUAUCAUAUGCAAAGAGAAAACAACGACAAGAUAUCGGCAUUUUAUAUUGGCCAUCGGUCGACCUGUUUUUUCAAUAUUGAUUUCAGUAUCAGCCGUUGAAAAGUGAUAUCUGUUAAACACUGGGAUGUAAUGUGCAUGGAAUAAUGGUUGCUAUUACAGAGUUGUAUUUUUUUAAAUCCAAAGACAAAACAUGAAUCAAGUGAUAUCGGUAUUGUUGAUCAGCCAUCUGUCAACUAGCUUUUUUUUAUGUUGUUAUCAACAUAGGCCAUCAAAAAACAAUAUUUGUCAACCACUAAAAAAUAGGGUGACCAUACGUCCUCUUUUACCUGGGCAUGUCCUCCUUUUGGGGGCUGUCCAGCCUGUCCAAGGGGAGUUUAUAAAAUCCUUCAAAUGUCCGGGGUUUUGCAUGGAAGUUUUUAGUUUGUGUAGUGUGGACUAACUGAGUUAGAAGUGUGUAAAAAUCACUUGACCCAACCAAAACCCUCAAAAUUUUGCAUGCUACACUGCCCCGCAUAGUAAUAGUAUUCUCUUUUUUGGGUUCUGGGAUAUGGUCACCUGAGAAUAUUGGCUCUGGUGUCCUUUUUAUAGUUUAGUGAAAUGACUGCUGGGCUUCAUCGUCCAGUCCAACCCUGGGCUUAUAGUCCAGCCCUGUUGAAUACUUGACUCUGAUUGGUCGAAAAAUCUCAAACAAUACUUGAUCAUUUAAGUCAUGUUGAAUGGGUCCAGUGAUGCAAAGAUGUUAGUUUCUGUCGGCGUACUUAAACUGCAAACCCCACAAAGGAUAUCAAGCCAAGUAUCGUCCACUAUGAUGAUGUUUUCCCUCCAAUCAGUAUUUUCUCAGCAUUUAAAGUCAAACAUUGGCUUCAAAUUGCACUAAAGCUCCUUUGAAGUAAAAUAGAUUAGAAAGUAGUUGGCAGGUAGCUGGUAAUAGCAGCCCAUAAACACAUACAUUCGAUAACAGUCUUGGACUUUGAAAAUGCGGGCCGCUCUCAGACUGUCAUAUGCCAAAAGCAAAACAAACAAUCACUCACACUGCUAGACAGAAGCCUCCACUUGUUGGAUUUUCCGCUGUUUUGCCCUCAAUCUUAAUCCCUGUAAUUCUGUUGAUUCUGGCAAACUCUCCCGAGCUGUCCACUCAGAAUUGUGUGUAACCACAACAAAGGGCUGGUUUUCAUUGAUAACAUAAGUUGUAGACUUAAGAGGGGAGUGUUUGUGUACACCAUGUGCUUUAAAAGUCAGGAUCCUGACAGCCGGCGGGCCCCGGGGCUGUGACCAAAACUGACAGAUCUUUUUGUUUAACAGUGGCUGAGUGAUGUUGUGUAUUACUGAUGCCCAUGGUGAGGAUGCAUCAAAUGUUGUGUAUCCAAGAGCGACGCUUUCCUAAGACUUUGAUCUUGACCUUCAUGUAGCUUAGCGUCAGAGUUUCUCCCUGCAGAAGAACAGGUCCACCUGUACUAUUUUAAAACGAAGCGUCCUAAAUUCAGCCUGGGUGUGCUGUGUCGGGAUUAAAAGGUUACAGGCACUGUUACGUUGUCGAGGUAUCAACCUGUGCAAUCCUGAGUGGCACAGCAUUUCAGUAGAAAAGGUGCGUAAAUAGCCUGUUAUAACUCGCCACCUUAUCGCACUAUUUUAGCCACGCAGGAGGACAAAAAAAGGACUUCAAUACCUGAAUGAAAAUACUGAGGUUUUACUUCUCUUGAGUGAUUUUGUUGUUGAAGAGGAGGUAAUCAAGGGUGAGUUUGGUGAUGUAUAUGUAGUCAAGCCUUUCUUAAAAGGAAGUGAAAGUUAUAUAAGCUGAGGGGAACUUCUUACUCAUGAGGGUGUGUUGGUAAAGUCUUUCCUUUUACACUGAAUACCAGCACUUGUUCGAGGAUAUCAAGAGUAAUCUACCCCGUCUGUUAUUGAUAAGCUGUUUUUAAUCUCUGCAAACACGCACAAGAAGAUGCCUCCUUCUUUCUUUUUAAUCUUCAUCUUUGUUUGUCCAAAAUGCACAAACAAGGAGGAUAACUUGAUCGCACAUUCAAAACCUUAAAUCUUGCUGUCAACGCCUUGGUCACCCUUUGUUUCUAUAGAUACGUCUGUCAAAGCAGUCAUGGAAAAAGGGAGUGCUUGCAUGACGAAAUGACAACGGCAACAUCUGUUAAAGCUUCCUGUUUUCACCAUCAUGUUUCUCCUGUUUGACUUUUUUGUGAUAUUAUAAUGUUUUUGUGCUUAAGGGAAAUUUAAAGUGUAUUUUUGUUUUCUAUCUGGACUCAUCCCCUCUCUCCUGAAUAUAAUGGGGGGGGGGGGGGGGGGGGGUAAUGGGAGGCUAAGCGUGUAGCCGCAUUUGCUGGAGUUGGAGCUGUUGAGCCUCCCUGUUUGCGGUUUUGACUGAACCUGAAGGGAAGGGAGGUAGAAGCUGAAAACCACUGCAACGUUUCCUUAUCCUUAUCUAGCUUCAUGUUUGAGUUGUGACGGGCGUUAGGGGCCAUGUGGUUAGACAUGUAAGUUGUUGGCAAAGCAUAAACAUUGGUUUAAAGGUGUAAUAGAGUGGGUUUCAUCACUGGCACUGAGCGAUCUAUACCCACUGUUUUCUUUCUUGUCUUUUCAUGUGUCUUUAUAACCCUUUAGGUUACAUGUCUUGUGCUAAAAGUAAAAAAAAAACCUUAAUAUUGUAAUUAAAAUCAAUUGUAUCAUACUUCACAUCAUGCUUUGAUCUGAAGGGUCCUAACUUGCCUUUAUUCUUCUUCAGUUUCUCCAGCCGAGAGGAUCCGGUUCAUCCUCGGGGAGGAAGACGAUGGCCCCCCUCCUCCUCAGCUCUUCACCGAGCUGGACGAGCUCCUGUCUGUGGACGGGCAGGAGAUGGAGUGGAAGGAGACGGCCAGGUGAGCGGCCGUAAAACACGAUCCGUCAGGCGCACCCCCACACCCGUCUUUUUAUAUAUUAGGUGCCCUGGGCUGUGUGGUUAUAAAUUUCCUGCCGAACAUUCCCGGCACAGUCAGCACAGCACAAUCCCUUUUUAUGAAUAAUUGUGCUUUGUAUGUGUAGGGAAACAGGCCGUACUUCAGUGAACACCCAGUCUGCUGUUAUCUGAUUGGGAUGUGAAGUACCUGCUCUGUGGGACCAGGAAAAGACAGAAACUCCCACAUAGUCCGAAGAACAAGGCUUAGAGAGACUCUGAGCUCAAGGGCACAUUAAAUCCCUGAGUUUUACAUGUGUUUUUUUCCCUCCUUUUUGUGCUUCAGAACAGACACCUACCGUUCAUAACAAGCCUGUCUUUUUUAGAUAGUAUUUCUAUUAAGUUUUUGUCCUGGUUUGGAGGGGAAAUGGAGGUUGUACUGUUUGAAGUUGACAGUAUCUUCCCUAAAAGUAAGAUGGCCAGUUUGUGGCGUGUGGCCGGCAGCCAGAGGGAUACUCUAUCCCCCUGAGGAAACCCCAUCCUCGGUCCUCAGGAGAAUGGCUCUUUGUGGCGCUGACAUGUGAGGCAUUAUUGCUAAAAAGAAUCCUUGUCCCGGGUCUUACCUUCAGGGAGAAGCUUGUCUUUGAUAACAACAAAGUCUGGUUUCUCAUGUUCAGCCAUGUGUGGUCAAAAAGGUACAGAACAGACGCCGUGCUUUGCCGUGUGUUUUCUCACGUCUAGGGAUUUAUGUUUUCAUUUCUAUGCUGUCCUGAAUCCCCUAUUCUCACCUUAUGGACUGUGACUGAUCAAAACAGUAAGGAGCUGUUUGGUAAAGAAAAAAAGGACCCGUCUUGUCGCCUUUUGUCAGAGGCCCUUAUUUGUUCUCUUGCGAAAGCUGCUGUUUUGUACUUUCAUGAAUAUUCUGGCAUGAAAUGAACUUUGAGCUACAGGGGAAACAAAACAGUUUGAGUACCGAGUCUUGAGCUUCAGGCGAUUGUGUGUACUCCUCCAAUCUCAGCUCUAUUUCAGAAAUGUGUAAUAUUCAUCUUUAACAGCUGCAGAUUCAGAUUUAUAGAGAUUCAAAGAGCAUUAUAGAGUAUUAACACAAAAUGUCCACCUUUGCUUUAAAGGUAUAGUAUGAAGAAAUAGGCACACUAGAUAUAUAUAUACCUAUCCUCAUUCCUUCCUAUUCGUUGACCUUUUACAUGUCUCUAAUAUUCUAAAGACAUGUAAAAGGUCAACGAAUAGGAAGGAAUGAAGAUAGGUAUAAAUAAGCUAAAUAGCUUUUACCAACUCCUUUUCUAUCUCAAAAAAAUAGGGAAUUUCUUGUCUAAAAUUGUACUGUAUGUAUAUUAGAUCAGAUCAAAUAAACAAUCUCUCUCUCUUCCAUAUAUAUAUAUAUAUAUAUAUAUAUAUAUAUAUAUAUAUAUAUAUAUAUAUAUAUAUAUAUAUAUAUAUAUAUAUAUAUAAUAUGAUAUAAUAUAAUAUAUUAAUAUAUCGUGAUAUUGAUUUAAGGCCAUAUCGCCCAGCCCUAGCCAAGAAGCUCCUGUGAAGCACAAUGACCACCAACCCUACAUUUAACCAUCAUGGUUUUAACCAUCAAAAAAUUAUUUUGCUCUAAACCUAAAUUAACUUGUUCUUCCAGGUGGAUCAAGUUUGAAGAGAAGGUGGAGAAAGGUGGCGAGCGCUGGAGUAAGCCUCACGUGGCCACGCUGUCCUUACACAGCCUGAUGGAACUCAAGACGUGCAUCGAGAAGGGAACCAUCAUGCUGGACAUGGAGGCCACCACGUUGCCUCAGGUCGUGGGUAAGUGGAGUUUAAAGAGACAACACAGGCCUGUUGUUGAAUCUUUCAAAGGACCUUGGUAGUAAUCCAGUUUUGUUCUUCUUCUCCUUUCUAGAGAUGAUCACUGACAACCAAAUUGAGAGUGGUCAGUUGAAGCCAGACCUGAGGGAGAAAGUCAUGUACACGCUGCUACGAAAGCAUCGCCAUCAGACCAAGAAGUCCAACUUGCGCUCUCUCGCUGACAUCGGCAAGAGUGUUUCAAGUGCAAGUCGGCUUUUCUCCAACACGGAGAAUGGUAAAGAAACUGCAAAAACAAUCACUUUUAUUCUCUUUCUGUCUUCAAAUCCUAAACUUAACCACUGCUGCAGAUCUUUCUUCUCCUAACACGACCUCUUACCUCUUUUCCUGAUCUUCUUCUUUUCCAUCUUUGUUUCCUUGUCUUUUCUCUUUUUUCCCCCUCUCUUUGGGUCUGUGCUGUCUCUGAACUUCCUGCAUCCGGGGGUGAUAAAGUUCGCAUCCCCUCUGAGCAGCACCCUGUGCCUUGUUUAAGCCCGCACGAAUUAGAGGAACCGGCUGAGGUCAUGAGGAGCUCCAGCAUGGGAUACCUCUGUAAGUGAGGUCACAACAAGCAGCAAAGUUUGAACACUAAUUUAGCAUCAUGGCUGUCCACUGACAAAAAUAUGAGCCACAAAUAACUAACCUGGAUGUUUAAGGGCCUAUUUCCACUUAAGGCUGUUUUGUUCACAAUCUAAUGCAGUUCAGUGUUUUCUGCACUCAGUGUCCUUAUAAAACACUCAGUGUGAGCUGUUUUUUGUCAAUGUUCUCAGUUGGAAAAAAGCUGAUCUAAAUGACGCUCCAUUUUCAAAUCAACCAAUCAGAAUGAAGAGGUGGGACUUCUUAUUAGCUUUUUCAGCAUCACUAGUAGAGAUCUGCACAUCUGGUAUUUGUCAUACCCCACACCUUUUACAGUUUGUGGCAUGAAAUUAGUACCCAGUUCCGUUUCCAAGCCAGAAUAAUACAAUAAAAUGAGAAAACUGAUGAAAAACUAACGAAGCUCAUCUGCUUUGAAGGUUGAAUUUUAAGGUCAAGGAUACAACACUGUUUCCUUCAACUUAUUUUACAUUUAAUACGUGUUUUUUUUUAGCAUAGUUCACUGGAGUAAAAUUGAGUACAAAUAUUUUUUUAAUACAAAACAAAGUCUUGAUAGCACUGUGAUAGGAAGUGGGAGUGCUCUGGAAAAACUUUGGUAUUCAAGCAACAGUGAGUGCUGGAGAGAAGCCCUCUAGAAUAGGAAGUCAACUUUAUUUGUCAUACCCCACACCUUUUACAGUUUGUGGUACGAAAUUAGACUCAGGUCCAUUUCCAAGCCAGAAUAAUACAACAAUAUACAAUACAAUACAAGAACAAUCAUAAAAACGUGUAUGAGCAAUAAAAACACAAGAGCAAAAUGUAAACAAGGCAAAAGAGCAACAAUCACGUUCAAUAGCGACAGUUUAGGAAAGGCUGAAAUCAGCCCUGUUGCUAUAAAUUUCCAUGUGGAAGCAGAACCUAAUGCUGUUUGCACAAAAGAAAAAGCUACUGGUGGAAAUAGGCCCAUACAGCUGAUUGUAAUUUAUUUAGUGGAGCAGCCAGUGGAGCCUGGCUUGUACAGAAAUUUUGGCAUCAAUAUGAUAAAUUGGCAGGUUAUAGAUAUGGUAGAUAAUAUAGAAAACUAUCAAGCAGGAUUGAAAGUAGAUUUUCAUCAUUAUAGGUCCCCAAAAGCUGUUUUCUUAAACAGUUUUCCUUCACAUUGUUUUACAUCAUUAACUAACCAAUUGUCAUGCAGCCCAGAUUUUGAUAUUGUAGGCAGAUACUGAGAGUAAUGUAAACGUUAAAGAAUAAACAACUCCGUCCAGCAGCUUUAUUUAUCAUGCUCUAGUGGAAAUAUGCAAAGAUAGAUGUGUUUUUGGCACCAUGACGCUCAAAUGUUGUAGGCUCUACAGGGACAUACUAUCCAUCUGUGAGUUAAUGGCCCAAAGUUUACAUUCUCAUUUGCCAAUAGUUUCCUAAGCGUGUCUCUGCUGACUCUUGUAAGCAGCUGACCUAAGACGGCCAUGUAUCCUCGCUCCCCUCUUUCUCCCUAAAGAGCGCCUGAAUGAAAGGCCACCUGGCGUUCGUCCUAAAGCUUAAGCCUCUCCACAUUUAGCUGACUUUUCUGGCUCUCUACUUAUACUUUCCUGGUGCUUCUUUACUUUUCUGGGGCUGCUUUUCCACCCGGGGCCAAAAAUGUCUCAUUUGAAGCCUUGCAGUCUUGCUCGCAACUUCCUAUUUGAACCUUAUGUAUGUCUUCUAUCCCUGCAGGUAGCCCUACUACUGCCCACAGAAACCUCACCUCCAACAGCCUGAGCGACUUCUCUGACAAACCAGAGAAAGAUCAGGUAAUAAUCUCGAGUCUGUCUGUACAAGAGAAUGUUUAAGGACUCUGUUGGAGUCAUGUGUUUGACUCUUGUGAGCUUGUGAGCCUCACAUACCAAUAGAUAAGACCCCCAGCUGGACUACAAAAGCUCUCUGUCCUCUGUCCUGUGAGUUUCUACCAUCUGCACGAGCAGUUUCCCUCCCCUGCCAUGACUCAUGAUCGAGUAGCUGACUGUAAAUUGGCUUCACCGGACAUGGAUUAAAGAUCACAGAAAGCGGUUAAAGUGUAGCGACUUGUACUACGCAGCAGCAACAGUUAAUGAAUCUGUAUGUGUGUCAGAACGGUUUGGCCUUUGAUAAAAACACCCAGGCUUCGGUUAAUCAUCACCCUGAAAGAGAAAUGCUCAAAUCAGCUUGUUACAUCCACAUAUGAGACUCUGUAGGUCAGUUUAGUGCAAGAAUGUAGAUGCAAUUUCCUCUGCUAUAAAGUUUGCUUAGUAGGUAACAUAAAGUCCAAGGGCCUCUUUGCACAUAAUUCAAGGAAAGGCGGGUACAACCUGUUUUUUGGGUCACAGUACGCCUCUGCCAGGUCUAUUUUAAUUACGUUUAAAUUGGCACAUUUAUCCAAAAUGCCACACAAGGCAUCAAUCAUACUAAAAAGAGGAAGCACGGGUUCAUGUGUGCACUUAAACUUCCUAAUUUUUCUGUUUUUUUGGCUCCACAGCUGAAGAACAAAUUCAUGAAGAAGUUGCCCCGCGAUGCAGAAGCAUCAAACGUUCUGGUUGGAGAAGUCGACUUCCUGGAAACCCCCUUUGUGGCGUUUGUUCGUCUGCAGCAGGCCGUCAUGUUGGGGGCUUUAACCGAGGUCCCUGUGCCCACAAGGUACAAGAACCCUCAAACACAUCACUGAUUAAAAACAUCUGCGUAAAGUCAGACCUAAUUAGUUAUUCUCUUCUUUUUCCUAGGUUCCUUUUUGUCCUGCUGGGCCCUAAAGGAAAAGCAAAGUCCUAUCAUGAAAUCGGAAGAGCCAUCGCCACCCUGAUGUCAGAUGAGGUACUUGAUUGGUUUUGUUUUGAUGCUGGAGAGUCAUCAUCUGUACUGCAGCAGCUUGUUUGUUGUUACAAACUCUCGAGCAUCUGGGCUGAAGUGUGCGGUAGAUAAAUCACUGCUAUUCUGAAUCAAUUAAGCUCAUCCUGUUAAAGCUCUGAUUGGACUAAUCAGGCCACUAACUGGUUGUGGACGUAAGUAAAUGGCAUCUGUGGAUCCCACUAGGAAACUGUGUGGAGGAUGGUGGAGUCCGUUUAUGAGGUUGUGGAAGAGAAAUUAAGGACACUGAUUAUUGUUUUGUGCAGAUUAGGGGUUUAGAGUCACACUAGCUGGCUUGUAGCCUUGUGAGGUCUAACAGAGGCAUUUUUCGUACCCAGAAAGAGGGUAAAUUUCAGGGCUGGAGCUAGACCUUUUAGACUUGGGUGGCCAGACUAGGGCACCAAAUUUUACAGCCUCCGUGUGCACAGGAAUUAUUAAUUUUUUUUACCUCUAAAAUAAGAAACAACAUAAGAAAAUCUUCCUCCUGUGUGUCAUACCCCACUCUCUUGCCCCCUUGCUCCAAAGGACUCGAUAAAUAAUGUCCAAAGUCACAAGUCAAAAUGCGAACAAAACAGAAUGCGAAACAUUAAAGACCCUAAAUUAAUUUGACACCGGAAUAUCCCUUUUAAAAAAAAGACGCAGCUGAUUUUAAUGAAAGUCCCCCCUCUGACAAGACCAGAUAGCCAAACAUGGUUAGGGAGUCUUGGGGUGGCCGAGCAGAUUCCAAAUGGGGCCAUGGACACCCUUGGAAACUCCCUGGCUCCACCCCUGAUACACCCCACUAAAGGCCCUCUAUCGCGCCCUCAUCCCAUUGCUAAGUUUUCAGAGCCCACUGAUCCACAUCCAGCACAGACUCUGUUUCUGUUAGCUCAAAGUAUUAACAAUGCUGAUGCUACCCACCCUACCACUAUUGACCCCACACUGACUCAGUCACACUAGAUAGGCGGCGAGUACAAGCACGUCGCAGGGUAAUAAUCAAGUCAACACUUUGCACAUUCUCCUUUCCUUAUUUUCUCAUUUAUCCUCACACUCACAAGGUUUGAUUAACUGCCAUUAGACCGCCGUCCUUCAACCCCACCCCCAGUUCUUGCCCUGUUGCCAAAUCUCUUAUCAGUUAUCAGAGCAAUUUGCCAUAGUCCUGUUGGCAAAAACUAAUUUAUAGCCUGUUUGUUAAAGUUUAAGAUACACUCAUUAGUCAGCAAAAGAAAGAGACGCCUCACACUGAGACAAACCUCUCCUCUCCGUCUUCAUUUGUCUACGGUACUCUGUUUUGUGUCUCCACCCGCCCCGACUCAACCCGUUCAGUGUUUUCAGGAAUGUUAACACACGUUUCACAGAGUCCUUAACCCUGAGAGCACCUUACUCACAGAUUCCCACAGGGCCCCCCAACGCUUCCCGGUAUAUCUCAUGUGUCAACAAAGCAGGGUAGGAAGUGUUUUUCCAGGAUUUCCUCAGGUUAAAGUUUACCCUCUCUGCCGUCACAUGUGCGUUUUUGUCAGAGGUUUUAUCAGAUGUUCUUGUUCAUUGAUCGGUUAUAAAAUACCGGCUUGUAUCAGUGGAUUUCACAGAUCAUGACUCGUUAUUUGUUUACAUUGGGGAAAAGUUCACAAGAUCCCUGUUGGACGUCAAUAUUAUGGUAGUGAGGUUGUCAACAAAGCCAGGAGUUACACAUUUCUUGACCCCUGCGUUAAUAUUUAAGGACAUAUUACAUUAUUUUUCCAGUUUUCACGACAAAGUUGGCUGUUUUGUUUGUGUGCUGGCAGGUAUUUCAUGACAUUGCGUACAAGGCGAAGAGCAGACAGGACCUGCUGGCGGGUAUCGAGGAGUUCCUGGACGAGGUCAUCGUCCUGCCGCCUGGAGAGUGGGACCCUGACAUCAGGAUAGAGCCACCCAAGUCUCUGCCCUCCUCAGAUAAGAGGUCUGCUAAUCCAAAGAAGUCACAAGAAAUCACAAAUAUACACUGAACAGCGAGUAAACGCAGUAGUUCACAGCAUAAAAAGUCCCUCCCUAUAAGUCAAGUUAUGCUCUUUUAGCAAGAGUGUGACCUUUUUACUUUUGCUGAUCAGCUGAUUUUAAUCUGAGAGAAUAAAAAACUUGAAUAAAAAUCUACUUUUCAGCAGUAAAGCAAAGGUAUUGUAGUAGUAACACAAAUUCUGAUAAAGUUUAGUUUCAUUCAUAGAAGAAAAAAAGUGCAUUAUUAAGAAAUCACAUAAAGAUCAAAAUCUAUUUAUGUGAACAUUUAACAUAACUUUUUAACUCUUUUGUCCAUUUGUUUGUCAAGUUAUCUUUUCCUAAGUUGACAAAUAGUGUCUUGUUUUCAUGUUUAGACUCAACAGCUUUUAUGUGUCACUAAAUUCAUGUUUUUAAUGUUGAAUUAAGACGGUGGUUCUCAAGUCCAGUCCUCGAGCCCCCCCUGUCCUGCAUGUUUUGGAUGUUUCCCUGCUCCAACACACCUGAUUCAAAUGAUCAGCUCGUUAUCAAGCUCUGAAAUGGCUUAACGAGCUGAUCAUUUGAAUCAGGUGUGUUGGAGCAGGGAAACAUCCAAAACAUGCAGGACAGGGGGGCUCGAGGACUGGAUUUGAGAACCACUGAAUUAAGAUAAGGAUUGAGUCUGCUGACAGUUUGUUGAAUCUGAAUGUGUCUUUUAUUGCCUUUUUUAAAGGAAGAACAUGUAUGCUGGUUUGGAGCCGCCUCAGAUGAACGGCGACACUCCCCACGAUGCGGGACACGGAGGGGGAGGAGGACACGAGGUUGGCGAAGAGCUCCAGCGUACCAGCAGGUAAUUAAAAAUUUCACAUCAUCAUCAAUCUCAAAGACGCCUAUGUGUCCACAUGAAUCUUUUCAGUUUAAAAGUCAUGACAGUCCAAAAUUACCACAUCAUCAGAUCAUCAUUAGCGGGGUCGUUAUCUUGAUGGCAUUUGAUUUUUGCAGUGAAAAUGUUCAUUUUAGAGUAAAAGUGCAACCAGGAACAAACAUUUUUGCUUGAAUCUCUUAAAUCUGUUCCAACAAGGAACUUUUCAACACAUGGUCCAAAACAGUCAGAGCUCUUCACUCUGAGAUAACUUUUUCCUUUAGUUGUCCUCUCUCUGGAAACUUUGACUUCAGCUGUGAAGUUUUGUCUCUAACUUGAUAACUCUCUGUCUUUAAGGUUUUGUGGAGGACUCAUCCUGGACGUCAAGCGAAAGCUGCCGUUCUUCGGCAGCGACUUCUACGACGCUCUACAUAUCCAGUCUCUGUCGGCCAUCCUCUUCAUCUACCUGGGCACGGUCACCAAUGCGAUCACAUUCGGUGGAUUACUCGGAGAUGCAACAGAAAACAUGCAGGUAACAUCCUCCCCCGUUUUUUUAUGAGUCUGUUUAGUUUGACUCAAUCUUUUAAACUUUAAUGAUUUGUCACUGGAGACAGAAACACAUCUCUCGUAAACCUCAGAUCACCUUGUUCUGCCAAGUUGUGAUACAACUGCUGACAAAAUUUAACUUGGAGGCAUAAAAAAAAAACACCCUGACCCACAUAUGACCACUUAUGAGAGGCUGUAACUGCGGUCGGAUUGAUCUAGUUUGGGUCCAGAAUUCACUGACCUGAAUCGCACUGUUGUUCUGACAUUUUAUUUUUAUAUGGCGGCUUUUUCCAUCCAACAAAAACAAAACCAGUUCGUCAAAGUUGUUUUAUACUUGAGUAUCACAAGAAUUGGUACUGGAGAGGAAGGUGUACCAGGGACAGGAAGUAGUUUAAAGCUCCUGUGAGGAGUUAUUGAUAAACUUGAAAUUACCUGACAUUCAUAAGGAAGGCUAUUCAUGACACGUACAAGCAAGAACAUACGAAGUAAGAUUUUUAAUGCCUGAGGGGGUAGGUGUUUUACAUUUUUUACAAAAUUAUCCAAAAUAAUUAAAAAAUAUGGUCAUCAGAAGUGAGAAUAAUGAGAUUUUUUGUGAUAAGAUGCUAGAUGUCAAGAUAAGCAAUGACGGCUUUGUCCACAGAGGGCGCCAAAUUAUCACAAAUUUAAAAUUCCUUAUCUGAACUUUAAGGUCGCUUUCACACCAGAGCUGUUUGGUCCGCUUUAAACAGACCAGACUUCGUUUCCUCGGAUAGUCCGCUUCGUUUGGGCAGGUGUGAAAGCUCAUCCGAACUCUGGUGCGGACCAAACAAGUGAACUCUGGUCCGCCUGAAAAUGUGGGUCUCACCUCGCUUGCAAGUAAACCCUGGUUCGGUUCCUAUGCAGUGUGAAAGCUCACCGGACCAAACACAGGACCAAAUGUACGUAAUGACGCUAUACACAGUGUAUACGCAGUGCAUCUUGGGAAGAGGGAGCACGGCGUCCCUUGUUGCUAUGACAACAAGUGACCGCUGAUAUUAGCAGUUGCUACCUAGCUUAGCUCAAUUAUCUGAACAACAAUAACCCAUAAAUUCACAAUUUGGCAUAUUUAAACUAAAUCAAAUCACAACUACUAACAGUCACAGUCCUUAAACUCUGAGCUCAUAUGUUGUCACAUGUUAGGUCGUUAAAGUUAGAAAAAUAACAGGAUCAAUCCCUGACAAGCUACGAUAGCAGUAUAGGAAUAGUUGCAUUCACUAACGAUGUAGCAUUCCAUAAAAUAAUGUAACGAAGCACGAUACAAGACGGCUAGUCCACCGCUGUUUGUAAUCUGUGAGGUUACAUAAUCCUCCCACUUUGUCCAGUCGAUGAGCGCCCCUUUCAACCACGUGAUGCUGCUCAGUGCGCUUUAGAAAUCACAGUGUGAAAGCAGAACCGAAACAAGUGAUAAAUGUAAGAAUGUUGCGACUUCCAGUUCCCCAAACGAACCAAGUCCGCUUGGUCAGGUGUGAAAGCGACCUAAAAUACUCAUGAAAAAAGCAUCAAAAUGAAUUUGUCUUUUUCAUAAAUGUUUAGAAACUCUUUAACUGUAGGUAACACAUGUUGUUAUAAGAAGAAUAGAUAUUUCGGUUUUGACCAAUCAGAAUCAAGUAUUUAACAUGACCAGGUAAUUUGCAGAUCAGCUGGGUAACACAACACUUCCCCCCAUGGGGCGCUUGUGUUCAAAGCAUAAUAUAGAAAUGGAUACCAGUGCACUUUUAUUUAUAUAACACUAGUCAUGGUAUGUACAUUACACAGCUUAUAGGCAUUGGUACACUGGUAAUAGUACAUGCAUGUUGUCUGUGUGUGGAAACACUGUUGUGAUUUUAAUGUAUAUUUCUAACAGAUAAGUGAGGCAUGGUUUAGACUUAGUUAAACAGGUCAGAACCAGUUUUAUAUAUCUGAUAUUUUCACCUCCACCAUUGUUCCUCUUGUUAAGUUACUAUCACAGAAACAAAGAGAGUUGACUUCAGCUGAUAAGCCAUGCUAAUAUGCAGCUCAAAGGAUCAUACUGCAUCCAUCUGCUGCACCUUCUGUUCACAGAGCUGCAUGUUGACAAGUUGCACCAUUCUAGUGAAAUAACAUUCAUGGCUGCAUGCAUGAUCAUGCACCGUCUAUCUUUUGUGGAUGAGGUUGUCCAGUCAUUACAGGUGCUCUGAAUCCUCUCCUGCCAAAGAGCUGCAUCCUUGCAGACCUGCACCGCACCGGCCUCAAGGAUUUACCCGGGCUGUAAAUAACCUCAGAUCCAGAUUACACCAAUGCAGCCUAGUCAUGGCUGUGUGUUUCCAAUGACCCCACCACUCCGCCCAUGCACACACAUGCACAAACACACACGCACAAACUCCAAACCUCCUGCGAUGCUGCCCACUCAAAGCAGAGGGUUUCCCUGACCUCACUUAACCUUUCCUGAGCACAGGAUGCAGAAAGUAAACUCGAUUACUCAGUCCUCUGCUGUAUGCGUGUCACUUUAAGAGAGGAAAAUACACGCAGACUGAGAAACUGACAUAACAGGAAAGGCAACAGGCUUGUCCUGAUUGGCCGGCUGUGCUUUGUGUAUUGUUUAGAAGUGAAACAAAGCUUCCUGCUGAGUUGGCACAAAUAUUGUAUAUUGUAUAUUUUGAAGGUAAAGGAAAAGUUGCAGUAAGAGCUACAAUAAGGCAAAACCUGAUGGAAGACUGUAUCUGAACAAUUUCUCUGCAGGGUGGUUAAAAAUCAAGGUUAAGAGUUCAUGUUAUUUCAGCUUAUUUCAUCUUAAAUUAAAGACAAGAUCACGUGAAUGAUGGCACGCUUGUAGGUGUGGUAGAAACCUGUGAGUGACUUGUGAGAAACCGCACCCUAAGGAUAUUUUAUAAGAUAAUAACAACAACACAAGAGUCACUUGUAACCUAAAUAACUUUAAGAAAGUGACCUUUAUUGUUCCAGAUAUGUUUUUUUUUCUAUGGCAGGAAACUCCUGAGUCAAAUGACAUUUUAGCUUGUCAGUUUUUGGUAAUAAGUUUAAAUGUGAAGUAAAAGAAAGCUAAAUCAGAGUUAUGAAUUAUUUUUUUAAAGGUACAGUAUGCAGAAUGUAGGACCAUUUAGCAGAACAGACUUUGUAGAAAAUGAAUAUAAUAUCUGACCUGAAUAUUGUAAUUAUUCAGUUGCCAUCUUGCAUCACUACGCUUCUACGGUGGCACAGAGGGGACAAACUAGUUACAGAGAGACUUUGUUUCACACAUACAAACUUGCAUUUUGGUGUUAAAAAAUUUGCAUUUAGGUUCAGAUUUCGCAUGCAUCACAUGAGCUUUUUGUCCUCAAAAGCCACCGUAGCUUCACUGACAUUUGGGGUGAGCAAGGGAGCGUUUCGGUGUUAAAUCUGACUGUUGGAUCUCAUGAAACAUUGCUAAUUUUACACUCUAUUCUAAGUCGAAUGCACAGAUUAUGAGCAAUUUUAGGGAAGAAAGUAGUCUCGUACUGCAAUAUUUCCAGAAAUUUUAAAUAAAUACAUGAAACAAAUGCAUAAAACUUGCCAAGUCUACAAAACCAAAAGAGAACAACAGUGUCGUCCCAUUUUUUCUGUUGUUUAAACAUGCUGCAGGCUGCAGCACGUCAGGAGUGUUUAACUGGUUUUGAAAUGGUGUCAUUCGGAAACUGAUGCGUCUUUAUGACCUACAUGGUAAAUUAAGAAUAUCAGCAGUAAGUUCGGUUAUUUAUUUACACUGAAUUUUACUGCCUGUGCUCGGGUCAGAUUUCCCGCCAAAAAGCCGAGGUGGUAUCCAGCAGUCGUUUAGAGGUGCCUAUGGUUACAACUUGGCUAGUCAAGUCUGGCAGGGACAAGUAAGUUAGCGAGCAGGAGGAAGUUUUAUUUUUCUGUAUCUAACUUCCUUUUAAAAUAAUGUUUGAAAAAAAGAGACCUCUUUACGUCAGCGAGUAAUGGCACUCAUGGGAAAUGCAUUCUCCAUCCAAGAAAAACAGAUGUCACCCAGAUGGACAGAUGCCAAAGUCAACACAACAUGAAAACUCAUCUGUCUGUUUGGGGUUUUGUUGCCCUGUGCGUUGUCUUGCAGGGAGUUUUGGAGAGUUUCCUGGGUACGGCACUGACAGGAGCGGUGUUUUGUCUGCUGGCCGGACAGCCCCUGACGAUCCUCAGCAGCACGGGCCCGGUGCUGGUUUUUGAAAGGCUCCUCUUCAACUUCAGCAAGUGAGUAAAUUCCCUCAUUCAGGGUUAGGUAGAGUUCAGAAACAGGCUGAGCGGCAUGUGAGAUAUUUAUAAGCUGUGGUCAAUCCCCAAAAGACUGAGGUUGUUUGUGUGUUUAUGGAGAUGCUUUCCUUGUGACCCGCUUCGAUCGAUUAAAAAUAGACGUAUUAUGAAUACAGACAGAUAAACCCACACUUGGGAGGUUUUUCUGUGAUUUCUUUUCGUCUUCACACUUUCUCACUGGGACUGUUUGUUCUUGCAGCCUAUCACUUACCAGCUGACUGUGAAUGCCACCUCUUGGCCGCACAGAUUUAUGAUGUUACAGCAUCCAUUUCUGAUGACGUUCAAAUUUCUGAUUUAUUCGCAUCACUGGCCGUGUGACUUCAACUUCAAAGGAGAAUUCAUUGCCACAUAAAUCAAGAGCUUGUUUCGUGCUUUUAUUUUGGUAUUUUCUCUGUCAUGUGUUCAGAUUUCUUUACUCCUGCAUUGUAAACAUGUGCUUUUAUUUUGAAGGAGAAAGAAAACUGUUAAAACUUUUCUGUUUUUUGACCACCAGCGUUAGGGACUAUUUUGUUGGAAGAUGUCAGAAAACAACAAACACAUACCAAAUAUUCUUGUUUCAUCAGGUAUAUUUGAGCAUUUUUACUGCGGAAAAAAAAUGAUGCCUAUAUAAAUUAUGUGCAAGUUAGAUGGUUGGUGGUUUUGCCCAGAAAUUAGAAGGCUCCUGCAUUUUUAUACCACUGUUAGAAGUAGAUCCAAAAAGUUCCUGUGAAAACAUCUCCUCUCUUUUCAGACUCUGAAUGCGUCUCUCCAUCUGUUUGGCAGAUUUAAACAUGUCAUUUCACAACACCAGCUGGGCACCAGAGGUUAAAAAACCGCUGACUUCUCCUUCCUUCUUGCGCUUGCAGUGUCCCAGAGAGACUCUUCUAGCAUUACCAAACACCCCUCCGCUUAUGUUCCAUUAUCAAUAAUUCACUCUCAUUUAAUUUUACACUGAGCGAAGAAUGUUGUGGGGACUGUGGCCUCUAAAUGUUUCCAUGCCUGAAGGAAAAGGCUGCUGAGUCAGUGACAGCUGAGUACAGAUACUAUAGUGCAUGUUUGUCAUAGAAAGUGCAGUCUGCUGGUUAUGAUGGUGGGACUUUUGGUGUGUUUUCACCAAGCAUUCUGGUCCAGUUUGAUACAAUACAAAAUGAAUAGUGUUUAAAAGCAGUAUUUUAUUUUGAUAGAGCUUCAGUGUCUGGAAAAAAACACUAAAAUAAGCUUCUAACCCAUCUUGGAAAGGCUUUAGGGACCGUAUCAGGAUUUUUAAAAAGGGUUUUAUUGUUGCCUAAAAACAGCAAUCUAUUCCAAGACUGCUAUUAACCCCUUCUUUCCUGCAUCUUCAGAGACAACGGGUUCGACUACCUCGAGUUUCGGCUGUGGAUCGGCCUCUGGUCGGGUGUAUUCUGUCUGAUACUGGUGGCUACGGACGCCAGCUUCCUGGUUCAGUACUUCACGCGCUUCACAGAGGAAGGCUUCUCCGCGCUCAUCAGCUUCAUCUUCAUCUAUGACGCCUUCAAAAAGAUGAUAAAGCUGGGCCACUACAACCCGAUUAACUCCGAUUUUGAUCCGAACUUGAUCACCCAAUACGACUGCAAAUGCAUACCUGGUAUGUAGUGUAAAAAUUUAGUGCAAAACUGCAACAUAAAAGAGAUUACAGACAUCUUGAACCAUCAACCCCCCUUAAAGAGACCAUCAGAGUCUCAGUAUCAGGGCUGAUACCAGACAGUGAAAACUGAACACUGGUAUUAAAUUUUGUCCUAUCUGGCGCUGAUGUCGCUAUUGUACUUCAAACAAAGCUUUCAGCUUUUUCUGCUACGUUUGCAGCAGAGAUAACGAACGAUACUACUAUGUGUCACCCUUUUGAUACCAGUGUUGACUUUCUCCACAGCCUUAUCAGUCUCUGUGUCUCCAAUGAGCUGGCAGGACUGUUUGUAGAGAUACUGAUUUCAAAGAGAGAGUCUGAUACUGAAUGUUUUUUUCUGAUACUAAGGUGUUUUUGUAUCUCCUCUCUAGGCAACUCGUCUGAGUUCAUUGAUGUCUCGACCUGGACGAACAGUUCUGAUCUGGUAUGAAGCGUUCUGGGUUUUGUGACAUCUUGUUGCUUUUUUUUUUGAAGUCUAAAUUCUGAUCCUCGUUUGCGUUGCUUCUUCCCAGCCAGUGAACGCGACCUGGGCAACCCUGACCAAGAAGCAGUGUUUGAAGUUCGGGGGUCAGCUGGUUGGAGAUUCCUGCGGCUACGUGCCUGACAUCACCCUGAUGUCCCUCAUCCUGUUCUUUGGAACCUACACCUGCUCCAUGGCUCUGAAGAAGUUCAAGACGAGCCGCUUCUUCCCCACCAAAGUGAGCAACGAUGGCGUGAAUUAGUUGAUACCUAGCUUUUUUGUCCAGUUUACGAAAGAGGAUUAGGGCCACAAGAAGAGAAAAAAUAAUUACAGGAGGGAGAUUUUUCUUAUUUCCAUUUCGAGAUCAAAGUUGAUAUUUUGAAAUUGAGGUUGAAAUUUAAAAAAAAUUGUCUUCAUUCAAGUCAACUUUAAUCUCAAAAUUUAGUUUUUUAAAUCUCGAAAUUUUGACAUCAUUUACGACAUUUUGAAAUCUCUAAACGUCGUCUUUAUUCAAGUCAACUUUAAUCUCAAAAUUUCGACUUUUAUCAUAAAUUUUUAUUUUUUAAUCUCCAAAUUUGGACAUUGUUCACGACAUUUCGUAAUCUCCAAACGUCAUCUUUAUUCAGAUCAACUUUAAUCUUGAAUUUUCGACUUUAAUCUAAAAAUUUUUAGUUUUUUAAAAUCUCAAAAUUUUGACAUUAUUCACGAUUCGUAACCUUGAAAUUUUGAUUUAAAUCUUGAAAUUGAAUUUUUUUUAUCCAGAAAUUUCGGGUCUAUUGACAUUAUUUCAAUUUUUUUAAUCUCGAAAUUUUGACUUCAAUCUCCUUUCUGUAAUUAUUUUCUCUUAAUGUGGCCCUAAUCCUUUUUUGUAUCUGUGUCGUGUGUACAGUCUGUGGUAUUGAAUAUAAUCUGUAUCUUUAACAUGCUGCAGUUGCAAAAGCACAUAGCUGGUGAUUUUGUACCACAGGCUCAAUCCAAACCUGCUUGUUUCUUCUCUUUUCCAGGUGAGGAAGCUCAUCAGUGACUUCGCCAUCAUCUUGACCAUCCUUGUCUUCUGCGGCGUGGACGCGUUUGUCGGUGUGAACACUCCAAAGCUCAUAGUGCCAAGUGAAUUCAAGGUAAAUCUUUAAAAGGGAAAGUUGUGUUUAUCCUAAGAUCACCCACGUCUACUGGAUUACAAUGGCAGCAGUGCAGUUUCCUCUGAUUACACCGAUAAUGAUCUGAGUGUCUGUCUGGUAGAAAUCUUUAAGAUCCCAGUAUAAUGCUUUCUUUAUAGUCUGCCCAGUCAGUGAUACAUAUUACCUGAAACACAAGCACAGCCAGUUUUGUAGCCGAGCUCAGAUUUAAAAACCUGCCCCCGAGCCUCGACAUAGAGGAAGAGGAUGACGGGGUAGAGGAGCAGGUACCUGCAUCGAAUAACGUCUUGAUUAUAGGUGAAGUGAGAAGACGCAGGGUCUUAAAUGUGUUGGUACAGAGGCAGCUUUGUCCGACCACAGAGUCUUGAUUCACAAAUUUCUGUCAUGUAACGACGCACCAGUAAUUUCAGACUCGCUUUAGUGUUUCGACUUCCCGAAAGUGACAAUUAGGUUAUUUUUUUGUGUGUAUUUGAGAUCUUCUCCACGCCUCAGAGGAUUCACCGUGCUCUUCUUCUUUUUCCUCCAGCCCACGAGUCCACUGAGGGGCUGGUUUGUUACUCCCUUUGGCGGGAACCCUUGGUGGGUGUACCUGGCUGCUGCACUUCCCGCUCUGCUGGUCACCAUCCUCAUCUUCAUGGACCAGCAGAUCACAGCUGUGAUUGUCAACAGGAAGGAGCACAAACUAAAGGUUCUCGAAGUUUCAUUCAUUUAAAAAACUCAAGAAAACUAAACAUGGUAGCAGUUAAAAAAAGAUCCUUGUAAUUAGCAUUCAUGAACAGUUAAUAAGAGCUUUAUAAGGUGCUUAUAAACAUUCAUAAAUGUUAAUAAAUGCAGAACUAAUACUAUAAUUGGUUACAAGACACUUGUAAACAAUUCAUAUACCUCUCAUACACACAGACAGAUUAUUUAUUAACAUUAAUUAGACUUUAAUUAUCUUUAACUAACCCCAUAUUAAGUCUAAUUAAUGUUAAACACUGUAUUAAAGUGUGUGGCAAAAAUAUGAUCUGUUUACAAGUUCCUAUCAAGAGCCUUUUAGUUUAUUAUUAGCAAUAAUAAAUGUGUUCAUGAUGCUUUAACACUUGUUUAUUAGCAUCUUAUUAGGUCUAAUAACUGGCUUAUUAACUACUAAUCAAUGCUACUUACAUAAACCUUCAUAUAAAGUUUUAAGAGUACAGUAAAGCCACCCUAUAAAGUUUAUUAAAUGUAAACUUUUUAUGUUUUAUGAAUAUUAUACAGACAAUUUAGGAAAAAAUGAAUAUCUGUCAUCCAUCAAAAUGCUGUUUUGGGGGAUUUUAAUUGUAAAAAAAUAAAUUCCUUUCAAUCAGCCAAAAUGUGAUAAUUUAUGCAUUCUUAAUGUGCAAAUUAUAGUGGCAUGAAAAACCCAUUCAUGCUAGCUAUUUCCCUGCUUGCAACAAUCUGUCUUUUUACGCUAUAACAUUUUGGAAAACAGCCACAUAACAAACGUCUCAUAUGUAUGUACGCAUGGUUGAAGUGCAUCACUCCAUUUCCUGGUUUGAUUCCCGUCUUUCUGACUCAGCUGUCUGCUCUCUUUCCUCUCCUCUUAGAAAGGGGCGGGCUAUCACCUGGACCUGUUCUGGGUGGCCGUCCUGAUGAUCAUCUGCUCCUUCAUGGGCCUGCCGUGGUACGUGGCCGCUACCGUCAUCUCCAUCGCCCACAUCGACUCCCUGAAAAUGGAGACCGAGACGUCGGCCCCUGGGGAGCAGCCUAAAUUCCUGGGUGUGAGGUGAGUCAGAGUGCAGCUGCUGGAGCAGGUGUUUAACCCAUUUAACCCUCCUAUUGUGAAGAGCAAAAAAGUCUCAUGCAACACUGUGGUUGUUGCAUUCAAGGAUUUCUGUAUUUUUCUUUGUCAUCCUAAGAAAAAGGGAGGAGGGAGAGAAGAUUAGCAACCUCAUUCAAUCAGAAUGAGAAUCAGGGAACCAUAAGAACAAAGAAAAGAUUAAAAACAGUCUUGUAGAAAUGGAUAAAUCUUCACAAAAAACACACAACAGUUUUGUGAUGCCGUCUUUUAGAAGUGGUUUUCUUCAUGUGGUUGAUUAGGACGAUCCCUCAAACACCAAGCUUCAGAACUGAGAAGUUUGAGUCAUUCCCUGUAAAACUUUCAUUGUUCAGGAUUUUAUUCAGUGCUUGAAUUGUCCCUGUUUUGUGUUUUCUCUUUCCAGGGAGCAAAGAGUCACUGGCAUCUUUGUGUUCCUCUUGACUGGCCUCUCUGUCUUCAUGGCCCCCAUCCUCAAGGUAGAAAGCUUCACCUUUUUUUUUUUUUUUUUUUUUUGUUCGUUCUUUUAUUCUGUGGAAAUCUGGAUUACUGUCCACCUCUUUCAGGACAAACUCUUGUCACCCCCUCUGAAAUUUGUAAUAAUUUUCAAUCUUUGAUUCAUCCGAUUAGAAACUCUCAUCGUGGAAGUAAUGUGAUGUGAAGUGAGCGUGUUCAUUAGGGCUUAAGCUCCGAUUGCAGCUGAGGGCCUUCUCUAGUUUCCAUUCCCACAUUAAGCUGCCAAACAGAAAAAAUGUGCGGUCACUGAAGGGGGAUUAUUGGAGUUCUUACUCCCCCUUGUGGACAUUUUGACAACUGCAGAGUUAUUAUAUUCGAUAUGAAAAAAAGCAAAGCAGGCAAAGAUUUAAAGGGAGAAUAUGGAGAGUUGGAGCAGCUCCUGUUUUACAUGUUGAACUUUUUCCAGCUCCAGAUUUUUUUCUUCGAGUUGAAAAGUUCAUCUCUAGUUUGUUUGUUUGUACUUUUUGCAUCAAAAAACCUCAACUCAGUCUCAACAACUUGUUACCAAACCUUCACUUUAGCUGCCAAGAGAUUGUCAACAUUCGCAGAAAAGCAGCUUGUCGGGUAUUUUUCACCCGAGUGACAACGCUAUAAAUAAAAUUAUGUAAUUACAUGCAUAAAGAGCGAUGUCACAUGUUGCAUGGAUUUGAGUGUUAUUUAACCUAAACAAACAUUACCACAUCCACAGGGUUCACUGUAAUAACUGUUGUCAUUGUAAUCUGUGUCUCUUAGUUCAUUCCCAUGCCUGUGCUAUACGGCGUGUUCCUUUACAUGGGCGUGGCUUCGCUCAACGGCGUCCAGGUGAGUGAGUUCAGUGCAUACAUUAGACAAAUGACUUUACUAAAUGACGAACUUCUAAUGACUAACUAAUAACAUUUAUUAACUUAGAAGGAAAGUGGUUACGCAGCUUUACUCAUCAGCAAAAUGUAUUAGCACCUAGCCUGCUGCUGUAGUUUUGUUUCAUAUUUUAUACUGUGCUUUAAACGCAUAAAAUAUCCCAUAUUUCUGUACAUUAUGGAAACACGGCUGCAAUUUUUGGUAAAGGAGGAUUUACAGACAUGUCACUGCUAUUAUUAGCUAAGCUUAUGCAACAGCAGCCCUCCUUUUUUCACACACCUUCCAGCUCUGAACAUAACCUCCCUGAAAUAAGUUUUAGCAUGGCUUGUGGCGAGUUAGCGGCCGAUUAGCAUCAUGUAAGCGAAGCUACAGGUGGUCAGAGAGCUGCCAAGAUACGGUGUGUUAAGCAAAGCUGAGGCUGCCAAAAAAGCAACAUGAUUGUUAGGCUGUCUUUAAAAAGGUGUUUGAAUCAUUUAACUUAGAAAUACAUAAAUGAAACCACAGGAAGAUGACAAAUUAUGAUAACCACAGCUAUCACUAGCAGGCUAGCCGCUAAUUUCUAGCAGCUAAACUAGAAAUUUUAAGACUUUAUUAUCCUUGGAUUUGUCCACUUUUGCAGAACUUUAGUCUCGUAAUAUUUUCGUUAUUGUGUCCACUCUACCAGCCGCUGUUUUAAAGUAUCAUACAGUAGAGCUGCUAGAAACAGUUGCACCGUCAAAUUUAAUCUCAAAUGAGCUACUCAAGAGGAUUAGGGCCACAUGAAGAGACACAAAAUAAUCACAGAAAUGAGAUUAAAUUCUCAAUUUCAAGAUUAAAGUCAAUAUUUUGUCACUAAAAAAUCUAAAUUAUGUUAAUAAAAUCUAAAUGUCAAGAUUAAAAAUUGAAAUUUUGAGAGUAAAGUUAAAAUUUCACAACUACAAAAUGUUGAAAUUUUGAGAUUAAAAAAAAUGAAAAAUUUAAGAUUCAUGUUGAAAUUUCGAGAUAAAAAAUUUGUCUAAAUGUCAUGAAUAGUAUUGAAAUUUUGAGAUUAAGAGAAUUAUAAUUUAAGGAUUAAAGUCGAUAUUUCAAGAUUACAAAAAAUUCUAAUGUUGUGAUAUAUGUCAACAUUUUGAGAUUAAAAAAAUUUAAUUUUUAGUCCAAAGUUAAAAUUUAAAGUCAACAUGAUUAAAGUCGAAAUUGCGGCAAUAAAAAAAUAGAGAUUAUGUAAAUAACGUCAACAUUUUUCAAAUAAAAAUCAAAAUUUUGAAAUUAAAGUCGAAAUUUUGAGAUUAAAAAAAAUAUAUUGUUAGACUAAAGUCGAAAUUUUGAGAUUAAAGUUGACAUGAAUAAUGUUGAAAUUUUGUCUUUUAAAUUUUUUACUUUAAUCCUGAAAUGGAAAAAUUAAAAAAAUCUCCUGCCCGUAAUUAUUUUUCUCUCUUCUUGUGGCCUUAAUCCUCUUUCCUAUCAUAGAAAUUGUGUCUGACUUGUUUUAUUUUUUGUGCAUUUGCUUGUUUUAGUUCAUGGACCGUCUGCAGCUGCUCCUGAUGCCAGCAAAGCACCAGCCAGACCUGAUCUACCUGCGACACGUCCCCCAGAGACGCAUCCACCUCUUCACCUUCAUCCAGGGCUUGUGUCUGGCCCUCCUUUGGAUCCUCAAAUCCACAGUGGCGGCUAUCAUCUUUCCCGUCAUGGUGAGUGUCACGGCCUUAAAAACGCAGGACUUUCUCUUUUUGGAUUCAAAUCUAACCAUGUCUUCGUCCGCAGAUCUUAGCUUUGGUUGCCGUUCGUAAAGCGAUGGACUACGUGUUCUCCCAGCACGACCUGAGCUACCUGGACGACGUCAUCCCAGAGAAAGACAAGAAGAAGAAGGAGGAUGAGAAGAAAAAGAAAGGAAAGAAGAAGGGCAGCAUUGACAGUGAAAUGGAAUUUGUAAGUUUGCUUUGCACGCUAAAAUCCAUCGUGUCAUGUGACUGUGUUUCACCUCCUGUAGAUGUAAGUGUUUAAUGUUCUCCCUCCCUCCUCCUCCUACAGUCUGACUACCCCUACCAUGACAAUAUCCCCAGUAUAAAAAUCUCUAUGGAUAUGAUGGAGCAGGAGCCCAUGUUGGGGGAUAAAUCUGUGGCUAGUGAGUACGAGUGAGAGCCUGAGCCCAAACUAAGCCUCUCAGGGCGCUUCGAGCUCACACUUCUCUCCUACUGUUCUUGUUUUCUUUCAUUCAAUCACAAAAUUGACACUUGCAAUAAUCAGUCAUGAUAUCUGACGGUUCAACUCUGCUCUAUCCUGACUUAAAAGCAGCUUCUGAUGCUUGCUUUCUCUCCCUUUCUGCACUUUCAGUGAUUGUGAAUUUUAAAAGCUCAUCUUCUUUCCUUUUUUACCCUCUAGGAGAUGAAUCCAAGACUUUCCUUAACACGCAUUCGCCGUGCUGAGCACUACUUUGAGUCUCCCACUGUGGCCGAGUGAGUGAGUACCAGCUGGCAUUCAUUUCACAUAUUCUCUCUAGAAAGGAAAGUGAUUCAUGCAGCAUGAAUUUUGACUCCCUCGCUGUCUUAUUUACAUCUUCUUUUCCUCUCCUCUCUCUCCCAGACUUGAAAAAGGCGGCUACACAAAAGGUUCGCCUCAGAUUCGCAUAGACAGGGACUCGGAGGAGAACGGUUUCGCUUGGAAGAAGAGCUCUGAAACCGAUCUGUGAAUGAAUAAUCCAAAGAUGCAACCAAACCAGCGCAGCAUAGCAAACAAUAACCCGUCCUCUUUUGUAUGAUAGUAUUUUUCUCAACGCUCCUCCUGUGAGGAUUGAAAUCAAAACAUCUGGAAGUAUUUUGUCUUAAACACUUUUGUGGUACUGAAUUUUAAUGAGGGCUGACACAGGAUACGUUUGAGUAUUCUUUAUCCGUCCCUGGACAACAAAAGGGCUACUUAAGGUCAUCUUUCUGCAGUUUUUAUGCAAAAUUAAUAUAUUAUGAGUGUGUUCGCUUAUUAUUUAUAACAAGCGUCCAGCCAAAGACGUUAAAUAAUGAAAGAUACCCUGGAAAAAAAAUCGGAUUUUAGAUUGCAGAUGUUUUAAAUUCACUUUGUAAAUACCAGAAGUUUCCCAAUUUUUAUAAUAACCAUCUCCAGCGUUAACCAGUCUGUCUUUUAAUUGUUUAAUUUUAACUGUUUGUAUUUAAAAUAGUCGGACGUUUGAGUCACAACUACUGGUAUGACGGGGAUUAAGAGUGCAUUUGCUUUUCUUGUAGUGAACAAAAGGUCGUCCGUGAUCCCCUCACAGGCUGACAUUAAUUUUAAAUCAAAGGGCAUAUCACUAAUUAAUAAUCAAGCAUCUAUCAAAGGCUGCAUAUUCAGAGUCGACUUGACAACGUCAGAAUCAAAGACUGGAACUUCUGUUUUGUUUCCUCCUCGUUUUUUUUCCAUAUUUAUUGUAUCUAAACUCUCACGUGGAACAAUCUGAAUCAGGAGUUCGAUAUCUGGUGUGUAUCCACUCGGCUGUCUCUACCCUGUUUUAGGGAGCUUUAGAUGUAUCAUACCUGUUUGUAGCUCUACCUCUUAUAUUUUUCUGUAGGUGCCAGGCAUUAUACGGUCAAAACUUCAUUUUUUUUUUGUGCAAUUCUCCGUGAUCAAACACUGAUUUGUUUUUCUUAACUGGCACUGCGUAAGAUCUCUGAAUCUUCACUUUUUUUUUUUUUUCCCUCUGUGACACUUAAGAUAUUGCGUUCUGUGUUUGUCGGAUCAUUAUGAACUAAUCAUGUGUAAUUCUGCCGCGUUUUCAAGGGCUAAUCUACCAAAAAUUCACGUCUUAUUUUAAAUUAUUCUCGAUCACUGCUAAGAAGGAUUUUAAAACCAAAAAUGCGUAACCUUAUCGUAAAGCAGCGUCUAUUUUUUUUUGUUAUAUGUAAUGAAGUUGGGUGUUUGAUAUUUUCACGCGCUUGACCGUAGAUCCUCAAAGUCUGAGAUAAAUCGUGAUCAUAUUUAAAAGCUUUUAAUGUGAAAAACUCUCAGAUUUUGAGUUUUUUUUAAGCAUGUAAUGAGUGAGUGUGUGCGUUUUUUUUUUUUUUUUUUUUUAAUGUAAAUCAACAAUCACUGUGAGGCUAUGCAAUGUUGUGAAGAACUGCUUUAUACUGUACAGGGUUGAAAAACGUGUUUGUGCAGCAGCUUCUCUGUGAAACGGACAGUUUUCAUCAUCAUCAUAAUUUUAAACCCAUUUAGUGACAGCGUGAUUAGCAUCCUUAAAUUUUCUUUAUUUACUCCAAUGACUUGAUCACACUCCUGUUGCUGAUUGAAUUAUGAAACUGAUUCAGUCGAUUUUUAGACUAUUUUCGUGUAUAUCUGAAUGUAACACAUCUCAAUCACUUUAAAUGUACAUGUGUAUAUAUGAUAUAUAUAUUCCUUGAUGGAAAGACAUGAAAAAUCACUGCCGUUUCUGAUUAAACAUGAUAACGAGGGCUCUAGGUGUCAAUUCCUAAAAUCACUCAUAUCAGGAAAAUGUGAAGCUCGAGACUGUUGAGAACCAAAAACUCAAAAUCCACAUGGUCUUCCACUUGAUGUGAUCUGUAUAUCUUGAUUGUUGGCUUCCUAAUUCCACAAUAAAUGUAAUGUUUUUGAUGUUUCUAACCCUGAAAUUGAUUUUAUACAAAUAUCUGAAUAAUAGUUCAAUAAUCAUAGGCUACUCUGAAGGAGACAGAAGUUUGAGUGUGUUUUUUUUUUAUGGACUAGUGUUUUGAAUGAAAGCAAUAAAACAGUCGAUGAUUCUUAAAAACACAAA